AUUUUCGGAGUGUGACAUAACAUAGCCCAUACCCAUUCAAUUCAAAGUUUAGAAUAAACCCACAUUGUAGGCUACCCCCCCUCCCCCGGAACUAAUUAUCAGGCAUAAUACCAUAACUCUAUAUCUCCGGCAAAGAAAACAACUCCAACGAGUUGGAAAACACUUUUUAUGUUCCAAAAAUAGCCCUACCCACUCAAAGGCGCUAUGUACGUCAUGUAUCCCUAUUGUGAUGUCUGCAGUCCAUGACUCACGCAUUCCUAUGAAGUUACCUGAGCAGAAUUCAUGCGAGAAUUAAGAAGAAUGGAGAUUCAGUGAAUAUAGACAUUGUAUCCGGCUGCAUUCCGCGCUUUAAUGGCAACCCUAAGGUACUCUAAAUUUACCUCCGUGUCUAAACUAAGCCCAAAACGACAUCAUAACAUUUCGAUUUUUGCAACUUGCCAACACGUGCAGGUAUAUGGACAGUCUUCCGCAUCCGCCAAGCGUUUCCGAUCGAUACCACACAACGGGUUGCCAAAUAAAAACCUCGAUUUCUGCACUAUCAGUAUCAUUAUCGCUUGAAGAUCCCAACCGCUUAACAUCGACGUUGAUGUUUCUAGUCUCAUCACAUCUUUAUCCGUUAGUCCUGUGUUUCGUCAUCAAGAAUAGAAGAUAACUGUCAAAUUAGUAUUUUAUUAUCAUACUAUGGGGAGCAACGUGAGCAAAGACGAUGAUGACCAUGGAAAAGUCGAGGAAACCAAACUUAGAGGGCGCUACACAAGUCACAUGACAGGAUUCGUUAAUAAAGGCGGUUCAAAGCAUCCAUGUGACCUCACAAUCACCAUUGAGACGGAUGACGUUAUCCAUAUGAUAGAAAAGUCAAACCGUCAUGAGGCAGAGAUCAGUGGUGAACUCAACUGUCCAGUACUGUCCAAGGACCCAGUUCCGUUCUCUGGAGGCAAGUUUUACGUUCAAAGCUCCAACGAAACCAAUCUGGAAUUCAAAAGUAUGAUUUACGAGACGCUAUUACCUUUCGGAGAGAAGGAUUACUUCUUCAAAGGAAUGAGAGUAGUCCACGAGGACACGUUCGUCGGGAAUGAUGCAACAGACGACUCCGCAUUGGGCAUUGUCAUCAAGAAAGGGCCAACCUUCAAGGCAGAGACCUUUACCUCAGGUCAAGUCUCGGCCAAACUGGUGGAUAUCGCAAAUGAGCUCUCAAAUAUCGAAAUUUCAGGACCUGGGGAUAAUGAGAAACUGGAGGUGGAAUGGAAAGCGAAACUUGGAUUCUUUCUUGGCGGUAUUCUCGUCGACACUAGUAAUAUGUUCUCGCCUAAUCAGUUCUGCCCGUCAUCAUCGGCGCGGGAAAGGCGCCCUCUCAGUCUGAAAGGCAUCAAGCCUGUUGUGUACCAUCUGACGGCCAAAGAUGGUGUGCCUCUGGUGAUGACUCGGUACAAUUGCGGCAACAAGGGACCGAUCCUGUUCCUUCACGGACUCUGUGUUACAAGUAGAAUAUUCUCUCUAGAUACCAUAGACAAGAGCGUCGUAGAGUUCUUCUGCGAGCAUGGGUUCGACAUGUGGGUCUUGGAACUUAGGUUCUCAGUUGCCCUUCCUUCACAUAGGAAACCUACGCAAAUGCACGACUCCGCAGAGAAAGAUCUUCCACCUGCUAUAGACUUCAUUCUAAAAGAAACCGCGUCGCUAGACCUUCAGGUGUAUGCGCAUUGCAUCGGGUCUCUAACCAUGCACAUUGCCUUGUUUGGUCGUCAUAUUGACAGGAGGAAGAUCCGGUGCUUUGUUGCCUCACAGUCCGGAUUCUGCAUGAUAUCGUCUGCAAUGAACCAUGCCAAAGCCAAUACCAGGCUUGACAGUAUAGCUGUUGCGUUCGGUUUUUCAGGACUCAAUGCAUAUACGGACAAGAACGACCACGUGCGUGAGAAGGUAAUGUCGGCGGUUGCCAAUGCUGUUGCGCGAUCGACACUCGACGAAAAGAAUCAGUGUAGUAAUAUCGUAUGUCACCGAAUAACCUCAAUGUUCGGCCUUAUGUGGGAACAUCGCAACCUGAAUGAAAAGACACACGAUACCUUGACCGAGUGGUUCGGUUUCGGACACGCUGAAUACUACCACCAUCUUGCGGUCACAUUCCGGAAAGGCAGAUUAACCGACUUCAAGGGCAAGGAUAUCUACUUACCGGAUUUCAACUCAAAAAAUCGUCUCCAAUCGCCACUGUAUCGCAAGGCAAUGACGAACAUGGACCUUCCGGUAUUAUAUUAUGUCGGAUCGUUGAACAAAGGUUGGGAUAUCGAAGCCACUCGUCAGAGUUAUGUCAGAUGCAAGGAAGCGAACCCUGAUCAGCAUUAUGAGUGGUUUCAGAUUCCGGAGUAUGGGCACCUGGACUGCAUCAUGGGGAAGAAUGCCUCAAAGGACGUCUAUCCACGGAUCCUACCCUUCCUUGACAAGUAUGCCGUGGCAAAUUGUGUGUGGCAAGGAGGUGACGAUGAUGGUCGUUAGGAUUGAAACUGUGCAGAUAUAUAGCUCUGCAAAUAUGAUUAUUUGAGAUCAUCUUCAACGAAUGUAAAAGACUUUUGAUCCGUAACAUUUCCUCGCUGUACGUGACAGACAUUUAUGCUAUAUAUGUGUUUUGGAAAAACUUAAGAUUUUCCUUUGUUAAUUGCUUGAGUUUGAUCUUCAUAAAAUAUCAUCUACCAAUAAGUUUCAGUCCGCGCGUUCCAUUUCAACCCUUGCCUGAGAACAUUUUUUUUUCUUGCCAACAAUACACACGAAAUCCUGAAGAGUUACGACAAAUUCUAAUCUGAAUUUUGUACUACCAAGUACUACUAUGGUUUAUUACAGUACCGUCUUCCCAUUUCCCAAUAUUCCAUAGAAUAUUGAUUUCUCCUCAUUACUCAAAAUUCUAUGACAUCAAGUAGUGUUUUCUGUUAAACUGAUACGCAUGAUUUUACAAGGGUUUCGGACAUUUCAAAGUCCCUCUCUAUCCUAAUAUGGCAUGUUAUAGGUGAUAUUUCAACGUGUUAUUUCUGAUGUUUUAAUCGCUACUGUACACAAUGGUGCAUGAGAAAAAACUAUUGUCAAUAUCAUAUCCUUGUUGUGUGUAGUGAUAACUUUUUUAUCGUGAAAUUUGCCAUAACUUUUGCACCAAUAUCUUGAGAGAUGAAGAUGAUCACCAUGGCACGUAAUGUAUAUUUUCUAAUGUUCAAAAACGUUGACUCCAUAAAGAGGUAGCAUUCAUAAUAUUUCUAGCAGAAAAUGUGAAUUCCGCGCGAAGUUUUCACACGAUCAGAUGAUCAUGAUUAUUAUAGUGACUGUAAUGCAUAAUAAGGAGUUUUCGCAAUAGCGACGGAGACGGAUUCUACAACAUAGAAAAUCCUUUGUCAAAAACCCUUCAUGACAAAGCAGUCUUUGUCAAAAAUCGGUGAAUCUUACGGCAACCAGCUGUUCCGGUUCACCAAUUUUUCGACAAAGACCUCUCAGCUGUACUUUGUGAUUUGACGGGCAUUUUCAAUAAAUGUUGCAGUUUUUCCGAGUCUGUCCCCGUGGCGAUUGCGAAAUCUCGCUAUUAUGUUACAGACACAAGCAAGACCCACGCAUGUCAUACUCUAUUAUCUGUUAGAUUAGCCACCGAUGUUCUUCUCAAUUUUACUUUCGAUGACAUCAUGAUCGGAUUAUGCUUCGAUUAUUCAUUCAUUCGUUUAUUCAAAUAAACAUUUGAAUAGAAUGUUGCUUGGGAAUUUUCUUUUUAUUGUAAAUACAAUUUAUGGCCAGAAAGCAGUAAUCAUCUAACAUCCCAUUUCAUUUUCCAUGGCGGAGUAAUGUAAGAAUGCAGGUCAGAUCAGAUCAGGGGAACUGAGGGCUUCAUUGUGAUUGUGCCAUGGACAAGAGAUUGCCUGGUGGUACAGCCGCUGACCGGCAAUCAGUAGAUGAGAGGUUUAAAUCCUACUACUGGUUUCUAGAUCUGUUCUGACUUAUCAGAUAGAUCGAUCAAUGCGAUCUUAAGGGGUUGAAAGCCAUAAAUUGUAUAUACAAUAUAAACAUAGAAUACUAUAUAUAUACUGAUCACGAUAAUCAUUUUCAGAAAGGUUCAUUUUACAGCUGUAUAUAUAGCUUGCUAAGAAUGAAUAAUGAGAGGAGAUAGCUUGUAGAUAGUCAUGGUAGCUUGUGCUCAUAGUCGUCGAAUUGUGCAUUGGGCAGGCCUCGUUGACUUGUGUUAAAAAAGUCCAAUGUUUUUAGAAAACCCACGUAAGUUAGAUUCGAAAACAGGAACUAACGGUAAAUCGGUUACUUCAGGGACGAGAUUUGUUUUUCUUUUCUUACAAUCGGACCAUUAGGUUCAAAGAGGGGUUUGUUUUGUUUGUGUUGUUUUUUAACCUUUUUUUACAAAUUUAGGCCUAUUUAUGACUAUGUAAUUUUGGCUGCACUCGUUACGAUAGUUUUUUUUUUUUCAUAAUAACUAUAAAUAUACCGAUAAACUUUCCACCAGAGAACAAAGCUACAACUGUCGUUGAGACAAUUUUUCAUUUAAAGUGACGGAAAUGAAUAGUUCGGUAAUAAAAAUUGAUCUGCCCCAGGUCCUAUGGCAAGAUUACCAAUCCGUUUUCCUAUUAAAUCUUAUUUCUCAUAUCGAAAGUUGCCUUUGGUUGACAAAACAAAGAUAUUUUUUAAGAAAACUGUAUAGAAUUUGAUUUCUUGAUCUUUUGCACAAAAGGCAGUUCUUGUAUUUAAGAAUGGAAUGCUUGAUGAAAAAAAGGGGAAAUAAAGAUUAAAUGUGAAAACUGCUUGUCGCGCGGACAUUGGUACACUCUAGUUUGCAGGCACAGGCCCUGGGGUUUCGCAAUUCGCAUAGUGCAUAGUGCUGAGUCUGAAGUAGUGAGACUAGAUUCACUAUGCACUGUGGCUGACACAGAGUAUGGACUAUACUACUCUGUCAGAGUAGUAGUAGGUACAUGCACAGACAGAGCCUUUGGCGUAUUGUCUUCUUCUAGACCUGUUACUGGUUGAAGUGUCAAAUUUGAGUCUGUGACCCGUUGCAAAGAGUUGCAAAGAGGAGUUAAAAUCCAACGCUACUCUAAAAAAAAAAAAACAUGAUUUUCAACCAAUGAAAUGUGUAAUUAGGGAUUUGCCAUUGAUUCUAGGAGUUGCUUUUAAUCGCAAUUCUUUUUUUAAACCAGCCCAAAUCUGACAGCCCCUUGACUUUUUUAAACGAAGUAUGGGACAAAAGAAAGCAACGAAUGUAAGGUUUCCGUUUCAUAACGGUUGCGGAAUUAUUGUACAAAAUAGCAUAGUAUACGAUGUAUAUUUAUUAUCAUUUCUAUUGUAUUAUAUUGAAAUUAAUUUAUAAGAAAGUACUUUUCUUAAAUGUUGCUGUAAUUAUAUCGAAAAUUCCAAACGAGCUGAAACUGUACUAAUUCUUGCUGUGCACCUGAUUGUAAUUGCCAUUUUCUAUCAUCAUUAAAAUACUGAGUUUAAAACAAACCAUGCUACGAUA